AUGUCUUCCAAAAAAUCUUCUUCCUCUGAAGAUAAUAAUUCUACCUCACCAAAACGCCAAAAGGUUGACAAUGGCGGUUCGCCGGAGAAACCGAGUAUUCCAGAACGCCAAAAGGUCGAAAAUGGCGGUUCGCCGGAGAAAACGAGUAUUCCAGAACGCCAAAAGGUCGAUAAUGGUGGUUCGCCGGAGAAACUGAGUGUCCCUGAGCCGGUAGCUGAUCCUGGACAAUGCACCUCUCGCGAUGCGGCUGAUAGUGUGAAGACUCCAAGCAAGAGUGGCGCUACGCCGGAGGUUCCAGAGACUGUGCCGGGGGCUCCAAGAUUAAGGCGGCCCACUGGAAGUGCACUUAUGAGGUUAAAUCGGUGGAAUUUAUUGGAAGGUGAAGCUGAUACAUGGGGCCGUUUGUUGUCGCAGACUGGAGAGAAUCCAAAUGUGGCUGUUUUCGGACCAAAUUUUACAAUUGGUUCCGGUAGAAGCUGCAACUUGAUGUUGAAGGAUCGGCCUUUAUGUGAAUGUUUUUGCGAGAUCAGACGUGCCAAGUGCUCGGGAAGUGAUGUAGCUGUGCUUGAAAGUACUGGUAGCAAAGGAUCUGUGCUAGUAAAUGGGUUACCUGUGAAUAAGAAUACCAUAAUUACGCUUUACUCGGGUGAUGAGGUGGUUUUUGAUGUGGUGGGAAAUCAUUUAUAUAUUUUCCAGCAACUGAAUAUUGUGAAUGCGGAAUGUCAAAGUGACAUUGAGACAAUACUGAAAUUGCGUUCUCCUCCUAAAUUCAAAACAGACUACACUGAAAUCUUUAGUUAUUCUAGUCUUCGUGAUGUUGAAGAAGUUAUGUGCGAUGGGUUGAAAUUAGCUCCAUUUAGUAGGAGUAAUAGAGCAGCUAUUACUGGAGCCAGUGACAAAAAUACACCAAUGGAUUGUGAUCUGGAGGCUCGCACAGAGGCAUUCAAUGUAAAUCAGGAGGUAUUGAAAGAAAUAUAUGAGUCAUUACACAUGGACAAGUGUUCAGCAUUUGAAGAAGAUCUUAGUGCUGCAAUACUGGAUGGAAAAGAAAUAGACAUCUCUUUUGACAACUUCCCAUACUAUUUAAGUGCAAACACAAAGAAUGUAUUGGUUACUGCAUGCUUUAUACACCUGAAGUAUAAAGAACAUCAAAAGUACACUCUAGAUCUUACAACCAUAAACCCUCGUAUUUUGCUAUUGGGACCAGCUGGAUCAGAAAUAUAUCAGGAGACGUUGGUAAAAGCACUUGCAAAACACUUUGGAGCUAAGUUGCUCAUAUUUGAUAGCCAUUUGCUUUUGGGUGGUUUGCCUUCCAAGGAAUCUGAGUUGCUCAAAGAUGCAUUGAACACUAUAAAAUCCUGCAGCAGCGCCAAACAAAGUUCUGUAAUCACAGACAUUGCUAGGACCAUGGACCCAUCAGCUAAUGAAAUAGAGACAUCUACCUCUUCAGAGGCACCCACAUCAAAUGGCCUUGAGUCUCAACAUAAUUUGGAUCGUCAUAAAAUACCAUCAACCACUGUGACAGCCAAAAAAUGCUUGUUCAGAUUAGGUGAUAGAGUGGAGUUUAGCUGCCCUUCUUCUGAUGGCUUGUAUGAAACAUCUUCAAGGGGCCCACCUAAUGGUAGUCGGGGGAAGAUUGUCUUGCUAUUUGAUGAUAAUCCACACUCUAAAAUUGGCGUGGAGUUUGAUGAACUCAUACAUGACGGCGUUGAUCUUGGAGGUGCAUGUGAGGUUGGCCGAGGCUUUUUCUGCAAUGUCACCGAUCUUCAUUUGGAAAACAGUGGUGCGGCAGUACUGGACAAAUUACUUAUUGAUUCAUUGUUUGAGGUUGUUUAUAGAGAGAGUAGAAGUGCACCAUUCAUUUUGUUCAUGAAAGAUGCCGAGAAGUCAAUAGUUGGAAAGGGAUGUCCAUUUUCAUUUAGACAUAAACUUGAUACACUUCCAAACAAUGUGGUGGUAAUAGGUUCACACACUCUUACUGACAAUGACAAUAGCAAGGAGAAGCUGCAGUCGCAUCCCGCUGGUCUGCAGUCGCAUCCCGCUGGUUUACUUUUUAAAACACUUGAUGGCAGUAAGGCUGCAUUUCUUGACUUGGCCAACUUGGGUAGUCCUGGACAAUUGCAUGACAAGGAAAGGGAAGUACCAAAGCUAAACGAAGCUUUAACUAAUAUUUUCCCUAAUAAAAUUAAAAUUCACAUGCCACAGGAUGAGGUACUUCUAGCAUCAUGGAAGCAGCAACUGGAUCGAGAUGUAGAGGCUUUGAAAAUAAAAGCAAAUUUACAUCAACUACACAUUGUUUUGAGCCAUUUUGGAAUUGAAUGUGAAGGACUUGAGACCUUGUGCAUUAAAGAUCAGACACUUAUGAAUGAAAAUGCGAAGAAGAUCAUUGGUUGGGCUCUAAGCCACCACCACAUGCAGAAUUUGGAAGCUAAUCCAGAUUCAAAGCUUAUAUUGUCGUGUGAGAACAUCCAUUAUGGAUACGGGAUGUUGCAGUCUCUCCAAAAUGAGUCAAAAGGCAUGAAGAAGUCUCAUAAGGAUAUUGUAACAGAAAAUAAUUUUGAAAAGAGACUUUUGGCUGAUGUUAUUCCACCAAGCGAUAUCAAUGUUACUUUUGAUGAUAUUGGAGCUCUUGAAAAUGUUAAGGAUACGCUGAAGGAGUUGGUGAUGCUUCCUUUGCAGAGGCCUGGGCUUUUUUGUAAAGGGCAAUUAACCAAGCCAUGCAAGGGUAUCCUAUUAUUUGGCCCCCCUGGAACAGGCAAAACAAUGCUUGCAAAGGCAAUUGCAACUGAAGCUGGUGCAAAUUUCAUCAACCUUUCUAUGUCAAAGAUUAUGUCUAAGUGGUUUGGUGAGGGUGAGAAGUACGUGAAAGCUGUUUUCUCUCUGGCGAGUAAAGCUGCUCCUAGUGUUAUAUUUAUUGAUGAAGCUGAUAGCAUGUUGGGUCGAAGGGAAAAUCCAAGGGAGCAUGAGGCCAUGCGGAAAAUGAAAAAUGAAUUCAUGGUUAAUUGGGAUGGUUUACGUACAAAGGAUUCUGAACGAGUUCUUGUGCUUGCUGCCACUAACAGGCCUUUUGACCUAGACGAGGCUGUCAUUAGGAGGCUACCUCGAAGAUUGAUGAUAAAUUUGCCAGAUGCUCCAAAUAGAGCAAAAAUAUUGAAAGUUAUACUUACGAAAGAGGAAUUGUCUCCAGAUGUUGAUCUGGAUGCAGUAGCAAGCAUGACUGAUGGAUAUUCCGGAAGUGAUCUUAAGAAUUUGUGCGCAACUGCUGCACAUUGUCCAAUUAAAGAGAUAUUGGAAAAGGAAAAAAAGGAACGUGCUAGUGCUCUAGAAGAAGGUCGACCUGCUCCUGCAUUAUAUAACAGUGGGGACAUCCGAUCUUUAAACAUGGGAGACUUUAAACAUGCUCUUCAACAGGUGUGUGCCAGUGUUUCUUCUGAGUCAGUAAAUAUGACCGAGCUUGUACAGUGGAAUGAACUAUACGGUGAAGGUGGUUCAAGAGUAAAGAAAACACCCAGCUAUUUCAUGUAG